UAUGUGCAAAGACGUCAACACGUGAACGAAGUGCAUCCAUCGUAUUUUCUCGAUGCUAUUCUGCCGACCUCUUUCAGCUCGCAGCGUUCAGGUCCAAAUAAUUCCGGCCGAAAGGCUUCAACUUCAAGAAAGGUGAGGAGUGCACCAGUCAUUGGUAGUGUGGCAUCGUGUCGGCCUGUGAGCAGCUGCAUGCUGAACCUCUCAAACGCGAAUCAGUCGCUCCGUGUAGUGCCACGCACUACCGGUGGGCGUAGGGAUGGUGCGGCGGUGACUUUCAAAUGCCGGCACACUGGAAUGGUAAUGGAAUCUCCAGCAGAAUAAUUGGCGAAGUAGUGUCCCUAGGAGGCUCAUCCCAUUGUCAACAUGCUGACGUCUAAGCUUUCCAAGCAGUUGACAGCCACAUUGGCUGAUCUGGAUGCGGCCAGGUCCAAGGCCAAUGAGUACCAGAACAAAUGGACGACAGCGGAGGAUGCUCUGCGUCGGGAGAAGGCACGUAGCCGUCAAAUGGCUGAGGAGAACAAUCAACUUCAGGACGUGAUAUCGGCGCUGCGAUCGCUGGUUGCGGACAAGACGGCAGUGCUGGAGGCCACUCGCACCAAGCUGGAAGAAGAGAAGCGGGUGACCGCGGCACUGAGCGAAGACCAUAUCAGACUGAUGGAGGAUACAUACGCACAGAUGUCCCAGCCCAGCACCACUAACAGCGCUUCUGCGUCGAUGGAUUCGCUGGUGGACGCAAGCAGCUACCACACAGCCAAGUCCAGCACGUCACAGUCAAGUCCCAACGGACUGCGCUCGGAAAGUCGGCAAUCACUUGGCGAGAUGUCAUUCUAUAGUGCUGUUUCAAAGCGCUCGGCCAGCCCAAGUCACUUAAACAAGCCUACUGCUCGUCACCAGCUGUUCAGCCUUGUAACUGGCCGUGCGCUUCUAGCCGUGGAGAUGACGCGUAACGAAGACACUGGUCUUGGGUUCACAUUUGCGUGCCAGACCGUGUCGCCCAGCUUGAACUUGAAUGAUACUAGCUCGAUGACAUCAGCAACCGGUACAGCGCUGCAGGGUGUGUUUGUGAAGGCUGUGCGGGAAGGCAGUGUCGCUGAGCAGACUCUGCUGCCGGGUGACGAGAUUGUGGAACUCAACAACAUGUUCUGCCGCGGUGUGCCGCACCCGGUCGUUGCCAUGAAGCUGAAGGGACUGCAGGGCACCGUCAAUCUUGUGAUAGCUCGCCCACUGCAGUCGUGCAGCCUAACGUCGCCGAUCGGCGCCCAGCUUUCCGCACCCGUGAUGCGCUCCACCGCCAGGGCACAGCCACCGGUCAUGGCAGCAUCCCUGGCCGUGAACGACGGUAUCCGCGACAUGCUGCAAGAAAUGAUGCAGGAACUGCAGUGUCAGCUGAGCGAGGAACAACGGCAAAUACGCGAAGAGAUAGCGGUGUGCAAUCGAUCAGUUGUCAGUGUGCAGAUAGCCGUUGAAGAUGCCCUGAGUGGGAGACAUGACAAAUCAGAAGUAGACACCCCAACUGGCAGUACUGAGCACUUGGACUCUCCUGAUGGCGGCAGAAAUAGCCCUAGGAUGUCGCACCGCCGUGAUCCCAUCGGAUCAUCUUGGAACGACGAACAACGAACGCCUGUUGCUCAUCGGAUAUCGCAAGUCUCGGUAAGCGGGCGGCCCAGCACGGGAAUAUCACCGGCAGACCGUGCAUACGAUGAGCUGUUGAAGGCCAAACAGCAGCUCAUGGAGCAGCUGACCAGCAAUGGCGAGCUGCAAGCCAGCGCCGCAGCUUUGCGUGCCGAGUGCAGUGCGGCGGUGCUGAGGGCACGGCAAGCUGAGAGCAUGCUGGAGGAUGGCAACAGGGCAUUAAAGGAAGCCCAGGCAAUGGCGACAAGCCAGCAGGAGACGUGCCAAAACAUGGUCAUGCAGCUAUCAUCUCUAACAGGACAGAGUUCGGAGUGCUCCACAAAGCUAGCAGCUGCAGAGGGUGCCCUGACUGCCAAGGAUUUCACGAUAGGCAAACUAUUGGAGCAGGAGCAAGAACUGACAGCCAAGAACAAAAACCUUGAACGUGAGUGUCAAGAUGCAAAGAAUGCUGCUGAUGCAGCUAUGAGAGCUGCUAAAGAGCACUCCCAAAAGGACAGUGUUCUGCAAAGUGAAAAGAAAGCUUGCUCCGAGUGGCAAGAGAAGGCCAGAGAAGCCCAGGAGCAGCUAUUCCAUGUUCGGUCACAGCUGUCAGCCAGCGAAUCCCAGCUCUCGCACUGGCAGCUCAAGGAACAACAGCUGCAAGGCCAGCUCACCAAGAUUACAGAUCGGCUCAAGAAAACGGAAGCAGAGCUGCUUGAUAGUAAACAGACAACGGACCGCUUUGAAGCACAACUGCGCACAGACCGCAAGACGCAUGAAGCGGAAACGCAGAAGCUAACAGAGCAAGCCUGCGCCGCUGAAAUGGAGUUACAAGAAAUGGAGCUGAAGAUAAAUCAGGAGAAGGGAAAGGACUCCGAUCGGGUCGAGCAGUUACGCAACAGUGUACAGAGUCUGACUGAGGAAUGCGAGCUGCUGAGGAGUCAGGAAUUGCAGGUUUCAAAGGCCUUGAGCCUCAAGGAUGAGGAAUUGCUGCAGUACCGCCACAAACAACAACACCUUCAACAGGAUUGUGAGCGCGUGCAGCAGGAGCUUAACGAGCACCUCUCUAACAGUACACAGCAAUCCGCUACCAUCCAGACCCUCAACCAAAGCAUCGACGAGCUGACACAGGAAGUCCGUAUUGCUAGUAAUGGCUUAGAACAGAGCGAGAAAACUCUUGCGGAGAAGCUGCAAACUAUUGCUGAAUUGACUGGUCAGCUGGAAGCAGCAACUGAUCUGAAUGCCUCUAAUGCCUUGGAAAAGACCCAGCUCCAGUCUGAUUUGGAUAACCUAACAGAGGAUCUCAUCCAGGCCAAAAGCUCUCUCAAGAAGAAGACGGAGGAAGCAGGCAAGCUUCUGCAGAAAGUCUCUGCCAUGGGCGAGUCUCAGGGUAGCACUCAGCAAAGUAUCAAGGAACAGGAGACGCGACUUAGCAGCAUGAAAACAAUCCAGUCAGAGCAGGCGAAGGAGAUCACAUCUCUCAAAGAAAAGCUGACUAAGUCGGAGGACGAGGUCGAAAAGGCAAAUGCCGAGUUGAAGUCAACUAGCGCCACAAUAGACCAACUCAAAGCAUCCGAUGAAAACCACCGAAGCCGAGAACUGGCCUCUACCAAAGAGCUUAAAUCACAGAGAACACGGGUGCAGAGCCUAGAAGCUAGCCUACAGCAAGAAACUACUCGUCGAGAGGUGCUGGAGAAGGAACAAGCUCGGUUGGAAAAGACCUUCCAGUCUGUCUCUGAAGCAUCCAAAUCCAUGAGCUCCAGCUCAGCCGAUCAGCUGAAGUCAAUGGAGAGUCAGCUGAGGGAGGAGAGGCAGCAGCUACUGCAGAGCCGCACUGACAGUGCUGGGCUGCAAACCAAGCUGAAAACCGCCAAUGACAAGAUUGGCAAGCAGAGAAGUCGGAUCGAUGCGCUGCAGAACGAGACAACGCUCCUGCAGCAAACCACUGACAUGCUGAAGGCAGCAUGCCAGGAUUCGGACACACGCCAACAGGCCGAUACGAAACUGAUCAGCGAAUUACAACGGAAAACUAAGAGCUUGCAGUCAUCUCUGGAUGCAACCAACGAUGUUACCACUCAGCUUCAAGGAAUUGUCGAAGGGAACGCACAAGAACUUGGAGAACUUAAGGGGCUGAAAUCUAAGCAGGCAGCUGAGAUCACAUCGCUCAGAGAAUCGAACGAGAAGCUGAAAAAUGACGCAGAGCGUGUUGUGGCGGAGAAGGAGACUGCAGAGAGGACGCUACAGCGCACCAAGCACGAACUGGUUCUAGCGGAGGACAAGCUGGCAAUGACGAAGGAAUCGGUAAAGCUUGCUCAAGAAACUGGAAAAAGUACGACACGAAGACAUGCAGAGCUAGAGGUUCGCUGCGGCGACGCUGAACAACGGCUAGCUAAAAGUGAGAGAGCAAAGGCAGACAUUGAGUUGCAACUCAAGGAAGUUCUGUCCAGCAGUAGCGAACAGCUCCGUGACCUGAUGAAGAAAGUUGACCGCCUGACAUCGGAAAGGCAAGCACUAGAGGAGAGUAAGGAGAUGACUAAAGCCAGUCUUCUGGAGCAGAGCCGACGUGUGGAAGAAGAGCGGGAUGUGCUGCAAGCAAAGCUGAGACGCUCACAGGACGAGGCCAGGGCUGUGUCUGAGCAGGCUGACACGGCACGUAGCACAGUGCAGACCGAGCAAAUGAAAGUAUCGCGUUUGCAGAGUGAGCUAGAGAGGUCCGCCAGUGCGCUGACAGCUGCAAACACUAAACUCACAGCGGCAGAGGAUCGCUUGCUAGAGUUAAAGACGAGUAGUGCGGACCUGCGUGGUCGAUUUGAUGCACAGCAAACAUUUGCCACUGACUUGCAAGAAGAGCUCACUCGUUUACAGGCUGAGAAAAAGAGCCUGAGCAAGUCUGCAGAGAGUAGCAGCGAAACUGUUCAGGAGCUUACUACGGCCAUCACGGACCUGCGCACCAAGCUUCAGGAUCAAGAUCAAUUCGAACAUUUGUCCAACCAAAGAGUCGGCCGUCUUCGCCAGGAGCUUAAAGAGACGCAGGAUUCAAGCGCGCAGCUGCAAGCUCAGCUCAAGGAAGAGCGGUCCUACGUCGGUAAAGUGCGCGAGCAAAACCAAGCGCUAUCGGAUGCCAACAGCCAAUUGAAAACUUCCCUGGAGCUGAUGAUGAGACAGGCCGAUGGCUCCUCUACCGAUCACAAGCAGGUUCAGGCCAAAGUGAUGGCCCUGCAAAGGGAGUUGGAUGACAGCAGAACGCAAGCGGAUUUGUUCUCCGCUAGUCAGGCAGCGGUCAAGGAAAGUCUCACGGCGGUGCUCAAGGAGCGUGAAGACUUGCUGGUGGAGCUCGAGCAAGCCAAGCUGACCAUCGCAUCCAACGAGCAACGGUCCUCUCUACUACGGACGGAGUUGGAUGGCGCCCUGUCCGGGCGGAAAGUGCUAGAGAGCGAGAACGAAGAGCUUGCCAAGCAAAUUCCCAAGAUGACUACAAUGCAAGUGGAGCUGUUUGACGCACAGACCUCGGUGGAGCAGCUGCGGCGGGAAGCCAGCAAACAUCAAGAUGUCAUCCAUGCUCUCAGAUCAGAGAGAGACAAGUUGCGAGAUAUCGUGCAGCUCCAGGAGACAGAGCAGAUCAAGCAUGGACAAUCGUCAGCAGCCGCCGCAGGAAAGAGCAAAGGAAAGCUGACAUCAUCGUCAAACAAGAAGGACUUGUUCUCUGCUCUGACAUCUGCUGAAGGUGAAGCACAUCGCCUGCAGGAGUAUGUGGAGAAGAUGAUGACGGUCGUCAUUGAGAAGGCGCCUCAACUCCUGGAGGCCAUAAGCCAGCGGUGAUUACGUAGCUGUUUGUGUGUGGUUGUGCGUGUGUGUGUUUGUGUGUGUGUGUAUACAAACGCUUGUGUCUGCAUGGUCUGUAUACACAUGAUGUUCUGGUAUGCUAAGCAGAAUAUUAUUAUGAUUUCAAAAAUGGUGAAAAUUGUGUUCCAACUUUGAAUUUUGCCUUGUCCAUUUGUCAUUUUGAUUGCAAAUUCCGGCCAGGGUUCACAUUGCACAAUAUUUCUUUUUCUUGAUGGCUUCGCCUUGCCUACUUUUAAGAUUCGAUUCUUCUUCUUUUUCUUGUGCCUAUUCAAACUCCUCGUACAGUGCCUAUUCAAACUCGUACGCCUAUUCAAACUCGUACAGUGAACCACCACCACGUCUGUCUUUUUGUUGAACCCUGUGGCUUGCCACACUCAUGCCCUAGCUAUCCUGCUGCAUCGGCAGUCACUUAGCUUGCAGUUCUGUAGGUUUUUAUGGUUAUCUUAUUCCCAAGUGCUCACCCAGCCCCUUGGUGUGCCAUGGAACUACACAGCAGCUGUGUAGGUAAUCAAGGCUGAUCUGCUGGUCAGAUUGCCUGCUUGAUUCUUUUGUUUCGCUUUUCUCCACACUGGAUGCUGGAAAUCUAAACAAGCUGUUGAUGUUGGGUUUCCGCAUUAUGAUUACAAUACCUAUUGCUUGCAAAG